GUCUGCUUCCCGUGAUAGUAUAUCCUGUGGAAUAUGCAUGGACAGAUUCCAUGAUCCGAGAAGCCUCCUGUGUGGCCAUUCCUUCUGUCACCAAUGUCUGGAAGACCACGUCUUCAGCACAGUCACCUUGUGCUGUUUCCGCUGUCCCAUCUGCAGAAAACCCAACUACUCCGACAACACCAAGUCCCUGGCUGAACAGUUCAGCCUCAACUACUCCCUCAUACAGAUCAGUGAGCAGAUCACGCAACAGCAGAUGGCUCCUGUGGUGACCGGUUCAAGCAACUUCAUUGUAGCAGGAGGUAACAUCGUUGACAGCAAAGUCAACAUCACCAGCAUCACCAACGUUUACGGAAUAGACGCACCCAAAGCAAAGCUGAAAAAGUCCCUGGAUCAACUGGAAACAUCGUUCCAGUCCAUGGAGGUGAAACUUCAGUACCAGCGUCAACAAGAGUUAGUGAAUCUCGACCUCAACGUGUCGCAGAUUAAACAUGACAUCGAUGCCAGUGCUGAGAAACUGAUAGAACUCUACAAAACUUCAGACAGUGAUCAUAAGAAUGUUGAGAAGUUUAUAGAGGAAAUCUGUGGUGGUCGGGAAUCUCAACAUAUCCAGUUAUCUAAACUACACGAGACUACCAGAACCAAAAUAGAUGAACAGUUUAAUGAGGAAAGAAUGGUGUUAGUUGAACCAAGACAAUUGUUACAGGAUAAUUUGUUGGGUAAAGAUUCGUUAACAGACUUAGAAAUUGAAAAGAACACGGAAAGAAUUGAUAAUGCUAACAAAAUAUUAACAGAUUAUUUGGCUCAAAAUCAGACAAAACCCACACAAACAAGAAUCACAUUUACAAAAUCUGCAUGCGAAGGAGACACAAUUUGUCCAAAUAUUGGUAUACUUUCUUGGACAGACGGACAGACAGAGAUGAAAGGAGAUACCGUUUGUCCAGAUAUUGGUAUACUUUGUCUGACAGACGGACAAACAGAGAUGAAAGGAGAUACCGUUUGUCCAGAUAUUGGUAUACUUUGGCUGACAGACGGACAGACAGAUAUGGAGAUGAAACGAGACACGGAACACCUGACCCCUAAACCUUGGUCUGUCACAGUGUUGGGUAUUAACCUGUUCGUCGUAUCGGGUGUGAACACUGUGACGUGCAUGACAUCAUCUGGUGACAUCAACUGGGUGACAUCUCCCGAUACCAAACUGAGGUUUGCGUGGGGUAUAGCGUGUGACAGAUCGGGCUUUGUGUAUGUGGUGGAUCGCCACAGCAAUACCGUUAUUCAGCUGUCCCCUAGUGGCGAGUAUUUGUGCGAUGUGCGAACUGGGCGCGACAAGAUAUCAGUCCCAAGGGCUCUGUGUUUUAACAGGGACUUACUGUAUAUCACUCAGGAUAAUGGAGAAAUAAAAAUAUUUAUUGAAAAACAGAAUUAGGGCCAUAUGUAGCCAAAAACAAAUAGGGGUAUGGUGGUACAAAAAAAAACCCUACCAAUUAUCGGGUCACAGUAAUACAGAAUAUUUCUAUCCAGAUCAACAUUUUUUUUUGCUUUUAAUAAAAAAAACAAAAAACAGCGUUUGAGUUGGAUUGGGUUGUUGUUAUUUUUUUGGGGGGAGCAACUAAUUUUCUGUCCCCUUCCUGCUAGUUACUGCCCUGAGAAUUUCAAGUUAAAACACCAAUAAAACCGCCAUAAGCAUUGUCAGAAAGACGUUACAACAAUUAUUUAAUAAUUAUAUAAAGAGGCCUUUAACAUAAGAUCCAAGCUGGUUCUUUUCAUUUCUUAUGUUACUACAUGCAUACUUGG